UUCAGGUGUAAGUGCCCUCUCUGCAUAGCCCUGCAUGAGCUUGGUGAAGAAAGACAACAUGUUUACUGGUGAAUAGAGAAAAUGGACAAAACCUGACAGUGAGCAAUGACUGAGAUUUAUUUUAAAUACCGUGGGAAUCUAACUGGCCGCUCCCACUUCCCAACUCUGGCUACAGAAGUAGAUACGACCACAGACAAAUAUUCCAACCUGUACAUGUAUGUGGGUUUGUUCCUGACGCUCCUAGCCAUUCUUCUCAUCCUGCUCUUCACCAUGCUCUUACGCUUGAAACAUGUUAUCUCCCCAAUCACUACUUCUCCAGAAAGCACAGAGAACGUCCAGCAGUUCACAGAUGUGGAGAUGCAUGGCAGGAUUCCUAGCACGUAA